UUUGUGAAGAGCAGGCGUUUUGCAAAGUGAACGACUCUCGACUGCCCAUCAUAGAUCAAACCACCCUCAAGCCGUUUGCCUUACAGCGCAGACAACUUUACCACAAAACUGAAAAGGGAAAAGCAGAAGAAAGCAGAGGCGGUGGGGGAUGAGGGCAGAUGAUGCCAGGCGAUGAAGAAAAAUCCCCCAGGGUUUGAACCCCAAGAGCUCUGGUUUCGCAGAGCUAGCCAAGAACACAGGAGCAGAGAGAGGGGUUUUUUUUUGUACAGCAGAACGGGAACCCUGUCAUCCUGUUCACACCGAGCGACCCUCUGCUCACCCUUUUUCAUACUGAAAUCCCAAUAGCUUUUGUCUCCCAUUUGACCUCUGCUUGGCGGCUCAUCUCACCUACAAUCAAGGCCGUUCAAGAGAUACGGAGGAGACCAAAGCAAGCCCUGGGCCCACGAGGAUGGGGAGAGAUAACCCAUCGGAAAGGAGGAGACUUUGCAAAGACAAAAAAACAAAACAAAAAACCACACCUCCAAGCCAGACCGUCACUCUCACCCAUGGGCAAAACUUAUCAUUCCCUACUGCUAUCAGAAAGCGCCAAACCACAGGCUGGGGAGAUUAAGAACAGGCGCCCAUGCACCGUCCUUAUCUUUUCCCUUCUUUGAGUUUCUUGCCUGUCGGGCUCUCUCUCUCUCUCUCUGUGCGUGUGACUUCUUUGAUUCUGAUGUGAUCGCCUAACAUCAUCAACGAGUAUUAGAGGAUAACAGGGAAGAUGGAUACCUUCAGCACCAAGAACCUCGCCCUCCAAGCCCAGAAAAAGCUGCUCAGCAAGAUGGCCUCCAAGAGCACGGCAAGCAUCUUCAUCGAUGACACCAGCAGCGAGAUCCUCGACGAACUUUACCGAGUCACCAAGGAGUUCACCCGCAACCGCAAGGAAGCCCAGAAGAUCGUCAAGAACCUAGUCAAAGUCGUCACGAAGCUGGGGGUCCUCUUCCGCAAUGGACAGUUCAAUGCGGAAGAGCUGGCCCUCAUGGAACGCUUCCGGAAGAAGGUCCACACCCUAGCCAUGACCGCCGUCAGCUUCCACCAGAUAGACUUCACCUUCGACCGCCGGGUCCUGUCCAAUAUACUCAACGAGUGCCGGGAGCUGCUGCAUCAGGCGGUCAACACCCACCUGACGGUCAAGUCUCAUUCCAGGAUCAACCACGUCUUCAACCACUUUGCCGACUAUGAGUUCCUGUCCGCUCUUUACUCGUCUUCCGAACCGUACUGCACUCAUCUGCAGAGGAUCUGCGAAGGGCUGAACCGGAUGCUGGACGAAGGGAACCUGUGAACGUUGGAUCCUCUCCGCAUCGGUCCCCCCACUUCCGUGGACAGAACGCCCAAAAGGACCAAAUGUUCACUUGGGAAAGCGUCUCGACUCCGGAGCUCUCCCUUCUUAGAACGUCCCAAAGACGUUUCUUUCGUUGUGGCGAUGCUCAAGAACUGGGUUUAUUAUUCCUUGUUCUUGAACAUUCCAAGUAGCAAUUUGGGAUGAAAACUGCACCACCUUGAACACAUCCGACCAUGUGUGGUUUUGGAAGCUAAAAGCUUUAAGAUAGAGGUAGCAGUCAUAGGUCCAUCUCCCCGGAGAAACCCAAUUGGCAGCCCAGUGUCAACAAGAAUGACACAAACCAGUAUCUGGCUCAAGAGAAGGCAACUCCCUAUAGCCCACUCCUCUCCCUUCCUUUCUUAGAUAAAUUGGUUCUUUUGAUCAGGGGUCCCCAACCUUUUUCACCCCACAGACCGGUUGGGAAGUCGGGGGAACCUCCGCACUCGUGCACAUGCACAAAACGGCAGUGUGGUGCUCACACAGGGGCGCUGGAGUGCACGUGCCAUGCGCAAAUUAGCUGUGCGGGGGUGAGUGCGUGCAGGGUGGAUGGGUGGGUGGGGCACAAGGUCUGUCUCCGUGGCCGGGCUGCAGACUGGAGGGUUGGAAACCUCUGCUUUAGAUAAUUUCUAAAGUCACCGCUAUCUUGAAGAUCACGGGUUGAAAGCAAAUGGAGAACAGUCGUGUUACCCAUGAAAAGAAAGUGUUCCAUGUAGCCAACAACCAAAUAAUCCGUCCACGAGAAUUAAGUCCCCUCCUGCUCUUUGUUCCUAGUAAUUUGGCUUCCCCCUUUAAAAAAAAGAGAGAGAGGGAGGGAGAGAGCGCAUCCAUUCAUACAGACACAGACGGGCUCAGUUUUGACACACACAGCAGCCAAUGGGAUCUCAUGCAGAAAAUCACAAUGAAUUUGAUUCUCUGAAACGGGAUGACCUGGUUUCUGAUGUUUUGAACUGAAGCUCUGCAAUAAGAACCCACAUGAGGUAUUCAGUGGAUGUAGAUUCAUUGCUUCACGUCUCCAAGUAUAGCUGGGGAAGAGAUCCUGACACUAUCUGAAAAUAGAGGGAACGGUUGGUUUGUCCAUGAAACACAGAGUGAGAGUAAGUGGUGGUAUUAGAAUCAUGGAACAAUAGGAUUCCAUGCAAGCCCCCCCCCCGAGGCCAUCAAACCUAACUCCUUGCUCAAGGCAGGAACCCGAAUCAAAGCAGAUCGGACAGAGGGUGGGUCCUGUUUUCUCUUGAAGGCCUUCACAGCGUUGUAGUGCUCACCACCUCAAAAGGUUGUGGGUUCUGUUGCUA